AUGGAUAUACUCGACACGACACAAAGAUGUUUGUUGAACUGGGAGAGCGGAGGUGAAGCAGAAUGUCGCAAACUAGUGGCCGGACCCCAUUCCAAUCCACACGACGCGGACGCAAACGCGACGCUCACGACCGUCUACCAUUCAAUUCUAUCCGCGACCCUGCUCUCAUGGCCAGCGAAAAAGAGCCUGUCCGUGGACACCGUGAUUGCGUUCGUACAGUCCGUGGCGGACGGUCUCCCAUCCUCCUCGGCUUCGUCAGAGAAGAGCCCCAAUGUUCUUGCCUUCGGAGACAUCUUGGUGGACAUCAUCUGGGCCAUUGACUCGGAGCUCGAGGAGAUCGUCGGGGAUGCGAAGACCGCCGCCAGUACGGCGGAGCAGGGCACGAUGUCUCCCGCCACCGUUGACCAAGUAGUGAAGGCGAAGGGUAAUGCGGAGACGGAUAAGACCACCGUCGAGUCUAUAGUCCGGAGACUCCUUGCUAUUGGGGUCAUCGACCCUGACAUUUGCAGGGAGCGCCUGGACCUAGCGCUAGUGGCGAAUGUAGGACUGGUGGCGGACAAGACCGCCUUCGAGAGGAAGGAGAUCAGGACUCGCACAGGACUCUUCUACAAGCAGAACAAGUUCAACCUUCUGCGUGAAGAGUCCGAGGGGUACAGCAAGCUGACCGCGGAACUCACGAGCAGUCUGGGUCCCUCCCACUCCUCUUCGACAGGGUAUCCGUCCGAACCCAUCGAGGUGAUCGAAGCCCGUGCGCUGCCCACCUGGGAACGUGCGCUGGGUCUGAUCGGUUACUUCGACCUGGACCCUAACAGGGUGCUGGACAUACUGCUGGAUAUCUUCUCGGUUCAUCUGGCGACCCACUCUAGCUUCUUCAUCUCGCUGCUGUCCUUCUCUCCUUGGGGCCGUCGAGAACAGCGUGGCGUGAAGCGGGAAGAUAUGGUCGUAGAGCCGGAUGCAGGCCGGUUCAAGGGAAAGAGUCUCUUCGAGGUGCUCAAGAUUGCGGAAGCCGAGUCAGGCGCACACUUGGACGAUGUUGACAGCAGCAAUGCGAGAGUUCUGGCCCAAGUUUUGGGUUUCAAGUUCACGUAUUAUCAGCUCCCCGAGGUUGCAGAGUCUACGCCACAGAAUCUCUAUCUAAUGACCGCCAUCCUCAUCCGAGAGGGAUUCCUCCGCCUCGAGGAUUUGUACCCCCAUAUUGGGCCUACGGACGACGAAAUGGCCGACCGCCACAAGGCAUACCUGAGCAGCGUCGAGACUCGGAUAGCCGGUGCCAAGAUCAGUCAGCUCGCGAUGGCUGCACCCCUGGAAUCGAGCGGUUCGUCGAACACCAAAUCACGACCGGCCCCUGCACCGGAAGCUCAGAAAGAAGAGGCAAAGGAGGUCCCGAAUCAGAAGUUGGGUCUUCUGAACGGUUUGCUCGCUGUGGGUGCUCUGCGACCUGCGCUAGCCAUCCUUUCCAAAUUCCCCUGGAUCGUGGACGCGUAUCCUGAGGUCGCCGAUCUGAUGCUCCGGGUUCUGAAGCAUUCAAUCGCUCCGUUGUACGAUACCACGGUCCCGUCGAAAGACAAGACUGCGAGCUUUACGAAGCCCCGAAUGCGCUACGGUGCUUCGGGCGUCGUCGCAGCUCCGGAGCGAAGGUCGCAUCUCACACUCUGGGCGCCCACGCCGCCUUGUACAAGCACUGUGGAAUUCGUCUUCUUCUUCCCAGAUUGGACGCAGCGCGUCCCUGUAUGCACUACCUACGAUGACCUGAUUGACGUUCUCGAGCCGUUGAUGCGCUUCAUCGGUCUGCAUGUGUCUCGUGACACUGCGUUCUUGACAAAGUUCUUACGGCUAGGCCGGCAUCAUAUGCUCUCUACGGUCCCGCUCGAUCCCGAAACGAAGAAGGCUACGGGCACUCCGGACCCCAACGACCCCGUUCGCCUAUACUGGUUCAAGGUCAUCCGUCUCUACCUCCUCCCCGCCCUUCCCCUCAUUCGCGGUAACGCGGUGUGCACCGUCGACGUUUGGAACAUCGUCCGCCAGUUCGAGACGACUCUUCGCUGGCAGCUAUACGGAGAAUGGAAGUCAAGCACGUACAAGUCGCAUCCCGAGCUGCGGGUGCGCCAGGUGCAGACGGACAGGGAGUCCAAGGGUAUCAUGCGCCGACUCUCGCACAACACGAUCGACGCACUUUCGGGCACCGUCGCAAAGCUCGCGCACUCCAACCCAUGCAUCUUCUUCACGAACGCCGUCAACCAGAUCAUGGCGUACGACAACCUUGCGGGAGUCGUGAUCCAGGCGCUGAACUACGUGACCAUCAUGGGCUUCGAUGUGCUCGUGUAUAUCAUCCUCGAGGCGCUGGCGAACCCGAACAAGGACAGGGUCAAGAACGACGGCGUCAACACGACAGAUUGGCUACAGAGCCUCGCUUCCUUCACUGGGAUGCUCUUCCGCCGGUACAGCGCUGAUCUGGCGCCGCUGCUCACCUACAUCGUGCACCAGCUGCACAAUGGCCAGACCACAGAGAUCAUCGUCUUCCGUGAGGUCAUUUGGAAGAUGGCCGGCAUUCAACCCCUCCCGAGCUUGUCCGACUCACAGAUUGCCGCAAUGGCUGGAGGGCCGACACUGCGCAUCGAAGCCGUCGCCUCUAGCACUCGGGGAGCCCGUCUUGAUCCUGCGGACGUCACCUUGAAGGGGCCGUACCGGCUCGGGAGAGCGCUGCUCGACUCGUCCCUCGCGCUCCCGCUUCUUAUUCAGGUCGCCCAACAACGUCAGGCUUGUGUCUUCCAGGCUCCCGAUGCAUACCUCAAGAGUCUUGCUAGUCUGUUCGACACCACACACGGAGUGCUCUUGCAAUAUUUGGAGUUGCUCACCACUCCAACCGUCAUCACUCCCGAAGACUACGCUACCAAAGUCGUUCCGCCGCUAGGAGAUCUGAGCGUGAAGUACGGUAUUGGUGCUCCCAUAUGCAUGCAGAUCUACCGCCCUAUCUUCAACAGGACACUACUGGCCGCCGCCCUUGCGUUGCAGGAGAAGGAGCGCGUCGCGAGUGAAGAAGCCGAGAAGCGUCUCAAGGCCGCACUUACUGCCAAGCGUGAACCCAACCCCAGUGCAUCUCGUGUAGCAUCCCCGAACCCUGGUGCGACUUCAGAUCCGGCACCGAGUAGCGAGGGAACUAGCGAAGUCAAGUCCACCGCACCUGAGUCUCAGCCGAUGGACGUCUCGAUGGAGAGCGCUGACACGCCGCCAAUAUCCACCCCUGAGAACCCUUGGCUCCCUGAACUCUUCCCUUACUUCGAGGAUGUCAAGAAGAUCGCUCCUGGUAACGCGGCUGAAAUCAUUGGGCCCGGCUUCUACCUCACUUUCUGGCAGAUGUCCACGUACGACUUGUCCCCGCCCGCCGCGAAGUACGACGAAGAGUGCGCGACGCUCCGCACACUGAGUCGCACCGAAGACUCGUUGUACAUUUCUGCCGACCGCUCCGCGGACCGUGCCAAGCGCAUGACCGCGAACACACAUCGCGAUAAGCGGAACAGGAUCAACACCAUUGUCGGCAUGCUCAGCCAGGAGCUGAAGGAGCAAACCGCUGCCCGUGCGUUCACGAUCAAGCGCUUGGCUCGCGAGAAGCAUCACUGGUUCUCUCACAAUCCCAAGGCUAUCACACUCGCCUCCUGUAUCAUCGAGUACUGCCUGCAGCCCAGGUGUCUGAUCUCGCCCAUGGACGCCGAUUUCUGUGCGCAGUUCAUCAAGGUCAUGCACUUGCAGGGAACGCCGGGAUUCUCCACUCUGCAAUGCUACGACAAGCUUUUGAGUGAUCAUGUCAAGGUCGUCGUAUUCUCUUGCAGUGAAUACGAGGCGCGCAACUACGGUCGCUUCUUGCUAGGCAUCCUGACCGACAUCUCGAAGUGGUUCCAAGACGAGCAGCUGUUCCUGCAGGAGAACCGGACGAAGGUCAGCGGCACCGCUGUCUUCUUGCCUGGACUCCAGCUUCGCUUCUCGCCGAAACCGGUGAUCGCGGAAGAAGACCUAAUCACUUGGGCGGACUUCAAGCAAGUUGUGCGCAAGUGGCAUCGGAAGCUGAACAAGUCCUUGAUAGAGUGCGUCGAGUCCGGGGAGUUCAUGCACAUCUACAACGCCAUCGUGGUCUUGAAAGAGAUUCUGCCGGUGUUCCCUGUUGCAGCUGUGACCGAGUACGGUGGCGUCAUGCUGGAGAGAGCCAUGGAGAGGUUCUUGGAGAAGGAAGAGCGCGGCGAUCUCAAGAUUCUCGGCCGGGCGUACUACGCUGGCUUGAAGAAGCGCGAGCCAAUCUGGGCUGCUCCUCACCCUAUUCCUAAAGUGAGUUAUAUUAGUCUUGAAUGCAAACCAUUGGACUCGUCAUUGCGCACUAUAGCCCGCUGUUGUGCCCGCUUCCAAGUCAGGCACGCCCUCGGCUCCUGCAGAGAAGGGUCCCAACGGCGUCACCACAGCUUCGAACCAAGCGCCCACUGA